UAACUAUUUAUAAGUAUGUACUGAAGUAAAGUGAAGACCACACGCUUAUUGCUUGACUUAAAGUGCGUUUACUAUCAAGUAGUUAGUCAUGUUGCGAAAAACCACAAUAGUUUCACUGUUAGUUCUAAUUUCGUUUGUUGAGUGCGGUAUACAGUAUAACUUGUUCAGUAUCAAUGAGAAGUGGGUGUGUGGAGUGAAGUCGUCGUGUUUGGAUUGUCUGCAGCUGCCUCACUGCUCGUGGUGUGCCUCCGAGAACAAAUGCUUCUCAUCCAAAAUAUCCCUGUUUGAUGGCUUCUGCCAGAACGACACAGUUCUAUCUCAAGAUUUUGGAUUGAGCCUGCGCAAGAACGCCGCCUGCGCCUGCUCCAGCUCGGGCCUCGCCAGCAACUGCCGGGCGGACCCGGACGACGCGGCGGACUGCUCCGGCCGCGGCACCUGCCAGUGCGGCCGCUGCGUCUGCGAUGCUGUGCCUCAUAGCGACCAUGUUAACAUCAAGACUAUUUCCGGUGAAUAUUGCGAGUUCGACAACUUCUCUUGCGAUGGACCCGACUGCAAGGAUGGACCAUACCGGUGGAAUCCAGAAGACGAAGAUGAUUAAACAGAUUGAAUUUAUAAAAUGACUUGGUACCUAGUCUAGUAUAAAUUAAUAAGUAGCUCAGCACAAUCAUUAAAUUUGAUUAUGGAUUUAUAAAAUAGAAUAUUGUACUUA